UAUGCAGACAAAGACAAGUAUGUGUCACAAGAUGACAUUCACUUCAUUCAGUUCCUGAGUGACAACAUAACUCAAAGGAAAGAUGGACACUAUGAAAUGCCCCUCCCUUUCAAGAGCACAGAGCCUCCUCUGCUACCAGAUAAUAAGAAGCUGGCUACAGUUCGACUGCAGCACCUAAAGAAAAGACUGAAAAUUAACCAGCGGUAUAAAGAACAGUACAAGGCCUUCAUGGCAGAUAUGAUAAAGAAAGGCGACGCAGAGCCAGCCUCUCCUGCAACAGGACAGCAGACUACGUGGUACAUACCACACCAUGGGGUGUUCCACCCCAAGAAGCCAGAGAAGCUAAGGGUCGUCUUCGACUGUUCAGCAAAGUUCCGUGGUGUCUCACUAAAUGAUACACUGUUAACAGGUCCUGACCUGAUCAACUCUCUCCUUGGAGUGCUCUGUCGUUUCAGGAAAGAGGCUGUAGCCAUCAUAUGCGACAUCGAGAAAAUGUUCCACCAGUUUUACGUUUCUCCUGAACUACGGAACUACUUACGGUUUCUCUGGUGGGAGGAUGGAGACCUCGAAGCAGAGCCUCAAGAGUAUCAAAUGGCUGUCCACCUAUUUGGCGCCGCUUCGUCACCUGGAUGUGCCAACUUCGGUUUGAAGUACUUGGCACGCCAACACAAGGAAGAGUACCCAUCAGCAUCAGCCUUUGUUGAAAAGAACUUCUACGUCGAUGAUGGGCUCAUCAGCGUCCCCUCCGUAGAGGAAGCAAAGAAGUUGAUCGCUGAAGCACGAGAGUUGUGCAAGAGAGGAGGCCUACGUCUACACAAGUUCAACUCAAAUGAAAGGUCAGUCCUGGACUCUGUGGACCCAACUGAGAGAGCAGUCACAUCUGAACCACUCAAUCUGGACCUAACUGCAGCUCCAGCAGAACGUGCUCUCGGUAUCCAGUGGUCCCUUGAACAUGACACUUUCAGCUUCAAUGUGAACCCACAGACCAGGCCCUCCACACGUCGCGGCAUCCUAUCCGUCAUUGCUUCUUUGUACGAUCCAGUUGGAUUCGUGGCUCCGUUUAUCCUAACCGGAAAGUGCAUCCUCCAGGAGCUGUGCCGUCGAGGCAUUGAAUGGGAUGACCCACUUCCCGAAGACUUAAGUCCACGGUGGGAGAGAUGGAAGAGCGACCUACAAAGGCUGAAGGAAGUCUCAAUACCGAGAUGCUACCAACCACAAGGCUUCCACAAAACUGUCAUGAGGGAACUACACCACUUCUCAGAUGCCAGCAAUGUAGGAUAUGGCUCGUGUUCCUAUCUGAGAAGCAAGAAUGAAGAUGGUGAAGUUCACUGCAGCCUCGUGAUGGCAAAGGCUAGAGUUGCACCUACAAAACUCACAAGCAUUCCAAGAUUGGAACUUUCAGCAGCAGUGGUCGCUGUAAGAUCGAGUGUCAUGCUGAGAAACGAACUUGAAAUGCCGAUCCAUGCUGAAUUUUUCUGGACCGACUCCCAAGUUGUCCUGGCUUAUAUCAACAAUGAAGCAAGAAGGUUUCAUGUCUUCGUUGCCAAUCGUGUGCAAAUGAUCAGAGAACACACCAGCCCCAGCCAGUGGCACUACAUAGAUACAACAGAAAACCCGGCUGACCAUGCGUCGAGAGGGCUCAAUGCAGUAGACAUCUCCUCAACAAACUGGCUACCGGGACCCAAGUUCCUGUGGGAACAGGAAAUACAUCCAGAGUCUCACCUCACUCCAGAGUUGCUUGUUGGUGAUCCUGAGAAGGAGGAGCACUUCGUGUCGGUGGUAGACUAG